AGGAGCUAUUAAAAAGGUAUGAAAAAGAAUAUAAACAGGGCACUUUAAAAUGCAGUUUGAGCUGCCAUUCCAGGGGAACUGCCUUGCAGAGAAAAAGAAAUUGGGAUAUAGGAUGCUCAUCCUUUCCAGGAGAGAGUCCACAGCAUUUCAGAAGAGCAGGUCUCAGGACAGUGGGGACAGCUGCUUCCCUCUCUGAAGCAUGGCUCAGGUGUGAAGAAGGAUUUCAGGAUACUUCUGGGACUCCGUUAUUAACAGCGGAAAAGAAGACUUUUACAGAAAAGGAUGUUGAAUUAUUUGCUAGACCCAAAAAAGAAGCUACCACAUCUAAGAGUACCAGUGGGUGUACGGAUAUCACCUGGAGUUCCAGUGGAAGUGAUCUGUCAUAUGAAGAUGAACCACAGUUUGUUGAGUGGGAGAGUGACAGUGACAGAGAAGAUACUAGUGAAUGUAAUGAAUUUGAAGACAGUGAGAGGGCUGUGGAAAUAUCAGACUGUGCUUCUUGUACAAGCAGUCAUUCUUUGACAAGUGAAGAAAGGGCAUCUGAGCUUCCUCAGACGAGUUCUACAGAAAUUUUGGAGUAUUCAUCAGAUAGUGAAAACAAAGAUGACUCCGAGAAUGGCUUGUUCAUUGAUUCAGAAUCCUGUCACAAAUACCACAUGGAUUUUGGAUCAGAUGGAAGGCAGGCUAUGGAGAGACUGAUAAACACAAGGGUGAAAUCUACAGAGACCAUUUUGUAUUCACCCCAGAAACAGACAAAGUUUCCCAGGACUCCUGAAAAUUCAGCAAAGAAGACGAAGCUUUUAAGAGGCGGGCUAGCAGAAAGACUAAAUGGACUGCAGAAUCGAGAGAGAUCUGCCAUUUCUUUGUGGAGACAUCAAUGUGUUUCUUACCAAAAGACACUUUCAGGUAGAAGAUCUGGUAUAUUAAUUGUGAAAAUUCUUGAGCUGCAUGAGGAAUGCAGCAUCCAAAUUGCCAUGUGUGAACAGUUAGCGGGACUACAGGCUGACAGCCCUUCUCCAUGUGAGGGCCCUGGGACUCGCCUAAAGAUUCUCUUCAACAAGGAAACUGCACACUACCUCAGGGGACAACCUCAAGACGUCAUCCAUAUCUACCCUCCUUGGCAAAUGCUUGUUAUCCCGAAUGGAAGCUGCCCUGUUAUUCUGAACACUUAUUUUUGUGAAAAAGUUGUUGCCAAAGAAGAUUCAAGAACAACACAUGAAGUGCACGAUUGGAACACAUCCCUUCCAAGAAGAAGCAUCACUUUGGCCCAGAUGUUCAGAUUUGAAAGUUUAACAAAUAAUUCACCUGAAAGCCAGUGUUCUGCAUUUCCAUCAGAGGAUUCCCUAAGAAUGUCAUUAUUUGGUGUCAGCCAGGAAGAGGCUCAGCUGCUCCACCCAGCUCAGACCCACCUGAGUUUGGUGAGUGACAAGACACAGGCAUGGGUACCCAGAGUCACUUAAAGAAAGCAGAGGCUCUUCUGGGAGCAAUUUCUUGGCUGCAUUCCCCAUAUACAUGGGUUGUUUUUGUUUGUUUCUUUCUUGCAUUAAAAUUUGGGAUCAUGGUGUGACAAAGGAGUCUACCUGUGUAUUUAUAGAAAAAGUCCUUAAUUUAAUUUAAGGACUUUUAAAAUAAUUUACUUUGUUGCACUUACUUUUACCUUACUGAUUCACGUUAUUACAAAUAACACAAACAUAAGAAAUAUUGGUAUUGUUGUAAAAAAGCCAAGACAUGUGCUUACCACACCUAAAAAGAUCACUGUCAAGUUUUAUAUCUCUUAAGUAAAUGGCAAUUAGUAAAUCUGUAAAUAAGCCUUUCACAGAGUGCUGUCUUAAUCUACAUCAGUGCUACCUGAUAGAACUUUCUGCAAUGAUGUGAAUGUCGUAUAUCUGCACUAUCCAAGAAUGUAGCCACUGAAUACAUAUGGUUAUUGAGCACUUGAAAUAUGGCUAGUGAGACUGAAGAACUAAAUUUUAUUUAAUUUUUAUUAACUUAUUUUAAGUAGCCCCAUCUAGCUAAUGGCUACCUUGUUGGACAGUACAGCUAGAUAGAUACAUGAACCAGGGCCAAACACAUGAUUCAGCGUACUUUGCUCAUAUGAACUGUGGGGGCGAUGUCUUCUUUUCUUCUCAGAAUUAGGCCCUUCCCGAUUUCGUUUUUUCAAAUAGCUGUAGACACAUUGUUGACUUAAAAGUUUGUUUAUUUAUUUCUGUCAGAGCCUUGGCAUAACCAUUGGAGUUUGUCUUGCUUUCUGUGUUAAGUUGCCCUCAAGGCUGUAAUAUGGAUUUACAACAGAAUAGAAAUUAAAAAAAAGGUGUUGGUUUAUCAAUAAUUUUUUCUAUCUACUCUUAAUAAGAAAAUACAUACUGUAUUAAUAAUUAACAAUCAUUCUGUUUUAAUGGUGCCUUCUGAUGCUAUUCAGAAGGAGCAAUAGGCAACAAUUCUGGGUUAAUUAUAAAUCUUCAAGUGGAUGGCACUUGAUUUGAAAGUGCUCUGGAUUUCAAAAAGUCUCCUUUAGGUGUAGAGUUAGAGAAUAUUUCUUUUGGAUUAUAGAAUUGUUUUAUUUUGUUUGGAAUGUGUAUGUGUAUAAAAUCCAUUAUAUCAGUUUUAAGGUUUUUACCAUGACUUGUGCUCUAGACCAGGCUUGUACUCUUUGACUUAAAUCUAUGGUAAAUCUAAACAGAAUAAACUGGGACAGCUACAGUUUAGACAAAAGUUUCAUUUUGCUUUGCUUUUUUUAUGGUAUGUUUACAGUGUUAGGUUUUGGAGAAGGGAAUACUGAAUAACUAGGCAAUAAGUAUCUUGGUAAAGCUUUCCCAGCCCAGCACACAGACUCUGAGGAGAUGGGGACAGUGGGGACUGAGUCACAAUCAGGAGAAGGCAAAAUGAAACUGGCAUAAGGUUGCUUCCUUCUGAGUAAUCACAACAUGCACUUUGAAGGUUGUCCCUCCAGCUUCUUCAGUGGCACUUGUUUUACUUGUUGAACAAAGAGAAGAAAUUGGAAGCUGAAGUCUAGAAAAUUGCUGCCAGUGGUUAGUAUUAUGAAUGCUUUGGAUUUGUACCUUAAAAUACAUACUAAGACAUAUCAAAUGAGACUAUGCUUGUGGUGGAUUGAAGGAAGGCCAGUCAUAAACCUCAAAAGCAAGAAAACAACAUUCAUUUAUUCAGAUAUAAUGAAAUGCAUUGUGUGUAGUUUGUUUCUUGUAGUGCACAUGAGAUUGUACAAUGCUGAGGCUAAAGUCCCAUUUCACAGAUGAGGAAACUGAGCCUCAGAGAGGUUCUUACUUGCUGACAGUUACAUGGGUGGACAAAAAUAAAAAUAUAAUGAGAUAUAGAAUUCCAAAAUGACAGGUUUGUAGAGAGUAUUGAUGCCAAAAAGGGAAAAAAAUGAGUUAGAACCAAGCUGUGUUUAGAUUAAGGCUGACUCAGGAGUCAAGUAAUCCUGGGGCAGUGGAAGAAGUAAAAGUGCCCAGCCAUGGGGAGAAUUAAUUGGACUGUGUAGAAAAAUAAAUUUUUGGACAAAGGGCCAUGCAUUUAGCAUUGGGUUUGAGGACAAGUCUUCCGAAAUGUCUUUUGGGUACAAAAAUGUCUUAUUGUGUAACUGAUUAUUAAUAUUUUCUGGAUUCAUUUGCUUAAU